AGUGGACGUUAGGGGAGAUGUUGAUGUUUUUUUCUAGUUUGUCUCUCUAAUGGCCGAAGAACCACGGAUGAUAAAAGCUUUAUUUCCAAAAAUAAUAAUAAUAUAUAAUAUCAUAUUCCUUAUGUACAAGACAUCUAUUUAAACAGGAAUGUGUAACACAAAUAAUUUUAGGUUUAAUUUUUGGACAAAUAAAUCUGAAAACAGAACAAAGUAAAUAUUAAUAAUUAAUUAGCUUUUCCAUUUCUUUGGAGCACUUCGACGAAAGGUUGUGCUGUGGCCUUAAAUAACUUAAGACUUGGCUGUAUAAGGUUUAUUUCUUUUGUUUAUGUAAAAAAACAAACACAAUGAUUGACUUUGGCGGGUAAAUUUGAUUUUACUAGUAAACAUUCUAAAGAAUUGGAGAUUGGAUUUUUUAAGUCUUCUUUUAUGAUAAAGUCCUAGGAAAUCUUUUUACUUAUGACGUUGGUAUUAAUUAUAUUAAAAAAUAAUAAUAAGUUUAAAAAUUACAGAGGCCGGUGUUGACAGGUACCUAUUCGUGAAUAGCUUGACAAAAACUUAUUUCAAAAAUGCAGUUUUGAAAUCUCGAGCUUCAUAAAUAGGAUUUAAACUAGCGCUGGAUUUUAUUUUUAGAAAACAAUGUCAUGAACCAAAACAGCGAAUGGCAGCAUUCGCUUGUAUUUAACCAGAACAAAAAUAAUUAUAUUAUCUUACAGCCUACGCGUACGCCAAACGCCAUUCGCCGACGACAAGGACACCGCGUUCGGAGAUGAAAUCUUAUUUAUUAUGCAAUAAUACAGCUGUUUUACAGGUGUAUGUGAUUUAGAUUUCCAAGAACUCUAAGGAAUUCGAAGAACAUAAAAUGUUUCAGACUAUCAAUUCUAAAAUUGUACUACCAAUAAUAUUUGGUGUUGGAUCAGUGGUAGUCUUAGCAACUAUAAUAGCCAAUUGUCUAUGGGGAAAAAAAUCUAAAGGAUCUAGCAAAAAGUUAAUAACAUUAGUAGAUUCUAACGUAAAAUAUGCAUUACCGCUGAUAGAAAGGGAGGAAAUCAGUCAUGACACCAGGAGAUUCAGGCUGGGACUGCCGUCUCCUCAACAUGUAUUGGGAUUACCGAUCGGUCAACAUAUUCAUUUGUCUGCAAAAAUUGACGACGACCUAGUUAUAAGAGCAUACACGCCGGUGUCGAGCGAUGAGGAUAAAGGCUAUGUCGAUUUGGUUAUCAAGGUAUACUUUAAGAAUGUACAUCCGAAGUUUCCCGAGGGAGGGAAGCUGUCUCAGUACUUGAACAAUAUGAAGAUAAAUGAUACUAUAGAUGUCCGUGGACCGUCAGGGAGAUUGCAGUACACAGGAAACGGAACAUUCCUCAUUAAGAAAUUAAGAAAAGAUCCGCCUACAAAAGUUGUCGUCAAGAAAUUGAACUUGAUUGCAGGCGGUACUGGCAUAGCUCCAAUGCUUCAGCUGGUGCGACAUAUAUGCACUGACGUCAAUGACCGCACUGAACUGAAACUGCUAUUCGCGAACCAAAGCGAAGACGACAUUCUACUUAGAGAUGAAUUAGAAAGAUACCAAAGGGAACAUCCUUCCCAAUUCCAAGUUUGGUACACGAUUGAUCGGCCAACGGAUGGUUGGAAAUACAGCUCCGGUUUCAUCAACGAUGAAAUGAUCCGCGACCAUUUGUUUCCGCCGUCCAACGAUGUUCUAGUACUGAUGUGCGGUCCGCCGCCGAUGAUCAACUUCGCUUGCAACCCAGCUUUAGAUAAAUUAGGCUUUAAGCCAGACGAACGCUUUGCUUAUUAAAACUAUUAUUUACUAGUGGAGCGUAUUACCAAGAGUACAAUCAAGAGUUUCUCAUUCCAAUCCACCAGGAUAGGACUAUACAAAAAACUUAGACUUCGACUUCUCAAAGUGAUCGGUGGGUAUUCACUUAGUUGUAUCUCUGGGCGCCGACUACCGCUUACGGUAUUUUACGGAACCAAUAUAAUAUAAUACAAUUGCUUGUUAGUGAUAAAUAUUAGUUAAUUGUACAGCAAUAUUGUUAUGUAAAACUAGCUGACCCGGCAGACUUCGUAGUGCCUCAAUCGAUAAAUAAAAGACCUAAACUUUUGUAUAAAAUAAACUUAAAACAAACA